CCAUGAUUACUGAUAGCGCACGGUAACUAAGUAACUAGAGGUCAAAGGACUUUAUUUUUUUCAGCAACUUCUAAUCUGUAUUAAUCAUGUCUGUGGUCCUAAUCAGUCAUCAUGAUGAAACAAUCUACGACAUCAACAAAACAACAAAAGGUGAUGUUGCCUUGCAGGAUUCUCGUUUCACUCGACCUUCUACAACAAAUUUAAAGAAGACUGUUCUGCAAGAGCUUGAAAAACAAAAACGUAAACGAAAAGCGUUUGGAAUAAUGGGACGCCCGAAACAACCCUUGCCUGAUCCAAAAUCUUUUCUGAAGAAACACACUGGCAAGGUGUUUGCUGUCGAUCCUAAAGAUCGGGAAAUAGGAAAGGUUAAUUUUCCAAAAAAGGAAGCAGUACCGAAGACUGUUUGCGCUGUAUACGAACAAAUGCACAAAUUGCAUCACAAUAAGAAAAAUUUUGUACACGAAAAUGUGAAGAAAGCGCUGGAGAUGAAACCGAAAGUUCCAAUUCGCAAAGAAAUAACGGAUGUGAAAAGUCAUGGCUUUAAAAUUGUACCCAAGGAACCGGAGCAAGUGUCGAAUAAGAUCUUCGCCAAAAUUCCUCGCUAUUUGGAUGCAAUGAUAAAGCAACGACAGGCUGAGAUUGAAGCUGAGAAUGAGUUAAAAGGAAUUGUCAAACAAAAGUGUACUUAUAUUACCCGGGAUGAACGCAAGAUAUUACUAGAAGGCUUGAAGAAAAACUGGGAUGAAUUGCAACGUGUCUAUCAAGGUUUGCCAAUAUUAACAGAUACAAUUCCAAAGAAAACUCGCAAACGUGAAUUGGAAAACCAGCUGCUCCAGCUGGAAAAAGAUAUUGUUCUAAUCGAACGACAUCCUUUUAUUUAUGUUUAUAACGAUGAUGAAGAAAUUCAGAAGGAUAGCAACAAUUUUUAAGGUAUACUAUCUUGCAUCAAUAAUAAAUUAUUUCAACCGCA